AAAUGGAAGGAAAGCUGAAGAAAAGCUACCACCUCACGGACGAACCGACACACGCGUCCCUGUUGCCAGUGUUGCGUGAAAAGCUUCGCACUUUGCAAUCAUCGGAUCCUGCGGCUACGCCACCGUUAUCGCCGUCACCACCACCCCCGUCGCUUUACUUCGAAAGCUCGUCCAUCUCGUCGCGUUCGUCGAUUGUGGAACCGUUCGAUCUGAACGUGGCUUCGCUGUACCAGGUUUUUCACGUUAAGCGCACCGCACGCAGCUGGAUCGAGGCAAAUUUUCAAAAACGGGAAUGCAUCAAAUUUGUACCGAGCCCUAGAAAUGAAGACAUAUGCUGCUGUGGUCAGGAACGGCGCACCCACCAGUUUGCGGCGGGCUACGAAACGGGCGUACCGGGCGACACUUGGCAGGCAUCGAAAAAUACCCGAGCUCAGCCAACCGAUGCAUACGGCACGAUCGAGUUCCAGGGUGGUGCCCACCCGACGAAGGCACAGUACGUGCGCUUGUCGUACGACACCCGGCCGGAGCUGUUGGUGCAGCUGUUUACACGCGAAUGGAAUCUCGAGCUACCGAAGCUACUCAUCACGGUGCAAGGCGGAAAGGCAAACUUCGAGCUGCAGCCAAAGUUGAAAAAGGUGCUACGGAAAGGCUUACUGAAGGCGGCGAAAACUACAGGUGCAUGGAUAUUUACCGGCGGUACCAACACGGGUGUAACGAAACAGGUCGGCGAUGCGCUACUGCUCGAAGGUCAGCAACGGUCCGGGCGGGUGGUAAGCAUCGGUAUAGCUCCCUGGGGCAUCGUCGAGCGUAACCACGAACUACUCGGACACAACCGGGACGUACCCUGCCACAGUAUCAGCUCGCCCAGAUCGAAACUAGCCGUUCUGAACAACCGACAUGCUUACUUCCUGCUGGUCGACAACGGCACCCAGGGCCGGUACGGCGCGGAACUAAUCCUGCGGAGAAAGCUGGAGAAAUACAUAUCGAACCAGAAGCUGCAACCCUACAAGAUGCUGUCAUCUUUAAUGAAUUUUCACUACAAAGUUACCCACUCGAGCACCCCCGUAGUAUGCUUGGUAAUUGAAGGUGGUACAAACACAAUCAGAGCUGUGCUAGAAUACGUCACCGAUAACCCACCGGUUCCGGUAGUAGUGUGUGAUGGGUCAGGCCGGGCAGCAGACUUAAUAGCGUUUGUACAUAAGUAUGCAACGGAUAAUGGAGAACAGACGGUGCUGGAAUCGAUGCACGACUACGUGCUUGGCAUCAUCCAGAAAACGUUCGAGGUUAGCUCGGAACAGGCAGAGCAACUGUUUCAGGAGCUGUUGCAAUGCACUAAGAAUAAAAAUCUCAUAACGGUGUUCCGCAUACAGGACCGACCGGAGGGCAAUACUCAGGAACUGGACCAAACGAUUUUAACUGCACUUUUUAAAUCACAGCACCUUAGUCCACCGGAGCAGCUCAGCCUGGCGCUUACCUGGAAUCGGGUCGACAUCGCACGGUCGGAGAUAUUCGUGUACGGCCAAGAAUGGCCCCACGGUGCACUGGAUGAAGCGAUGAUGCAAGCACUCGAGCAUGACCGUAUCGACUUUGUGAAGCUACUGCUCGAAAAUGGUGUAUCGAUGCGCAAGUUUCUCACGAUACCACGGCUGGAAGAGCUGUACAAUACGAAGCACGGACCGGCCAAUACACUCGGGUACAUCCUGCGUGACGUUCGACCCCAUAUACCGAAAGGGUACGUGUACACACUGCACGACAUCGGGCUGGUAAUCAAUAAGCUAAUGGGUGGCGCUUAUCGGUCGUACUACACGCGACGCAAGUUUCGACCAAUCUACGCGAAGGUGAUGAACAGCUACGUCAACACGCAUCGUAAACCGUCCACCUUUCAGCGAUCGGCUGGCAUCAACUCGAUGAGUCUCGUCACCGGACUGUUGCCGGUAACGUCCGAUAUGGCACUGUUCGAACUACCGUUUAACGAGCUGCUGAUCUGGGCGGUGCUGACCAAGCGGCAGCAGAUGGCACUGCUCAUGUGGACGCAUGGUGAGGAAGCGUUGGCAAAGUCGCUCGUUGCCUGCAAACUGUACAAAGCGAUGGCACACGAGGCGGCCGACGAUGAUCUCGACACGGAGAUUUACGAGGAGUUGCGUAGCUAUGCAAAGGAAUUCGAGAGCAAAGGACUGAAGCUGCUGGAUUUCUGCUAUCGGCAGGAUGCGGAACGUGCCCAGCGGUUGUUGACGUGCGAGCUACAGUCCUGGUCGAGCCAGAGCUGUCUUUCGCUGGCGGUUGCAGCGAACCAUCGCGCAAUAUUGGCACAUCCCUGUAGUCAGAUAAUACUAGCGGACCUUUGGAUGGGUGGGUUGCGCACAAGGAAAAACACCAAUCUUAAGGUUAUAUGUGGACUGUUGUGUCCGUUUUUUAUACGAAAGUUAGACUUCAAAUCGAAGGAAGAACUUCAGCAAAUGCCACAAACGGAAGAGGAGCAUCUGGAAAAUCAAUAUCUCGAUUACGAGGAUCGCGAUAAAAAGGACCCGGAUGCGGAGAAAGCUCUUGCAAACUCCACGCAAAGCCCGAAAUCCGCGGGCGAAAGUGCAGCGCCAACACCGCAGGCGCUUCUGUCAGAUACGUACUCAAUGAAAGAUACCAAAGUGCAGGAAAAUGGAAAAGUAGGUCUGACCGGAUGCUUGAGCUCAAAAGUAUCGCUAACGGAUUCGGAAACCAAGGACAACAUGUUCGACAACGACGGGCGUCAGCAGCGACCCCUGAAGCUGAAGAAAAAGUUCUACGAAUUCUAUACAGCUCCCAUUACCAAGUUUUGGGCCGAUUCGAUGGCUUACGUGUUUUUUCUCGUCCUGUUUACGUACACGGUGCUGGUGCGAAUGGAGGAAACACCGAGCUGGCAGGAGUGCUACGCCAUCUCCUACAUCACCACGCUGGGCUGCGAAAAGAUACGCGAGAUCGUAUCAUCGGAACCGGUGGCAAUAUCGCACAAGUUUUCCGUGUGGGCUUGGAACAUGUGGAACCCGUGCGAUGCAGCCGCAAUCAUAUUUUUCCACAUCGGGCUGGCACUGCGGUUACGGCCGUACACGAUGGACAUCGGACGGGUGAUAUAUUGCGUGGAUAGCAUCUACUGGUAUUUGCGGAUAUUGAACAUUCUAGGUGUAAACAAAUAUUUGGGACCACUGGUGACGAUGAUGGGCAAGAUGGUGAAGAACAUGAUUUACUUCGUGGUGCUGUUGCUGGUAGUGUUGAUGAGCUUCGGUGUGAGCCGCCAGGCAAUCCUAUUUCCGAACAACGAUGCCAGCUGGCGAUUGGUCCGGGACGUGUACUAUCAGCCGUACUUCAUGUUGUACGGAGAAGUGUUUGCCGACGAUAUUGAUCCCCCGUGCGGUGAAGACCCAUCGCAACCGCCAUGCGUGACGGGCCACUGGGUGACACCGAUCGCCAUGUCGAUGUAUCUGUUGAUAGCGAACAUACUGCUAAUCAAUCUGCUGAUUGCCGUGUUUAACAACAUCUUCAUCGAGGUGAAUGCCGUCUCGCAUCAGGUGUGGAUGUUCCAACGCUUUACGGUGGUGAUGGAGUACCAGCAGAAACCGGUCCUACCACCACCGCUGAUUGCGCUGUGCCAUUGCUAUUCGCUGCUACGGUACGCGAUACGCAAAGCGAAAGGGUUGCAGGAAUCGCGCGACAAUGGGUUGAAGCUGUUUCUCGAAAAGGAAGACAUGGAACGGUUGUACGAUUUCGAGGAGGAGUGCGUGGAGGGUUACUUCCGCGAGCAGGAAAUACUGCUGCAACAGUCGACGGAGGAGCGGAUAAAAAAUACGGACGAACGGGUGGACCAUAUGGCGCAGAAGAUAGAGGAUAUCAAUCAGAAGGAAAACAUCCAGAGUGCAGCCGUGCAGAACAUUGAGUUUCGCUUGCGUAAGGUAGAAGAGUCGGCGGAACAGAUUCUGAACCAUCUCGAUGUGAUACAUCGGUUCAUGUCGGCCCACACACUGAUGAACGAUACGCAAGGUUCGACGGGUAAUGUGAGUGGAACGGUACCACCGCCGGGUGCUAUGGCGGCGGGGAUGAUAAUGGAUCAUCGGACACGCACGAUCUCGGAGAGUGAUAGCUACAUCUUGCCACCGCCAACGACGCAACGGAAGAAGUUUAACCGUUCCUUGACGGAGGUACGGCCCGAUGCGUACAUUUUUGAUGAUGGAAAGCAUUUGGAGGUGCGCACGGUGCUGGAGGAGAGUGAGGCAGAACGGUCGCCGGAUCAGAUGUCGCAGCAACACGAACGGGAUCGCAAAUUUUCGAUCCGGUCGGAAGAUUCGGAAAUGUUUCCGGUCGCUAGCGUUCCCAAAGCGCUCUCACCGGUAGACAUGCCAACGAUCAAACCAUCGCCACCACCGCCAUUUUUGAACAUCCGCCAGGAUACGGCUAGUACCGAAAGCAAGGACACGCUGACACCGUUAGAAGGUGCGGACGAUAGAACGUUGGUUGGGGAUGAAACGAUAGACGACUUGAUGGAACCGAACUACGAAGGAUUAAGGCAGCGGGGUGGACGACGACGAAACUCGUCCAUGUGUGGACCAUCCGCAAGUGUGCCAACGAAUGGAGCUGCCGGAGGUCAACCGUGUGGUGCAGUGCAACCGGGCAGUGGCGGCGUAGGUAUCGGUGGUCGAAGAAACUCGGAAAGUGCGUCCGGAGGUGGAUUUGAUAUAAACAAAUCGCAGACCAGUCUGUAUCAGUUGGGCUUUUCGAAACGACAGCACAGCAUCACGCAAUCGGAGCCGGAUAGUGGUAAUGAUCAACCCGUACAACGGACCGUUCCAAAGGGGCGUCAUCUUCUGCUCCAGAUACACACGGAAUACACCUCCAUCACGGAUGAACUAGAAAGUGUUUGUCAUAUGAUAGCAUCACCGACUAGUUCGUUAAGAGAAGAUCGCACGAAGAACGUAAACGAACUGACGAAUCCCGAAUUUGCUGCCAUGAUGGAGAAGCAGCAUCUGAAGGAGUGCGAAGACAGUGAUUAUAUGAUGAUGGAAAAAUUGUUCCAAACACGCUGUUCGCUCGAGGACAGUGAUGAGUACUUUGAAGAUACUGAGCCAGAAGAUCACGGACCACGCAAAAUGUUACGUCGCGAAACGGCUAUCGAACUGCCGGUGACACCAUCGAAGUCAAACAUCGUCUCACUGGCGGACAGUAGCCUGGGCCAUGAAGACUUUACCAUGAAGCAUGAACGUCAGCCAGCAUCGAACCGUAACUCGUUGCGCGAUUCGAAAAACUCACCACUCUCUCUAUCCAGUCAGAACUCACCGCGCAACUCGCAGUACAUGCAAUCCUCGUUCCUUAAUCCCACCGUGUGCGAUGGUGCCAGCCGGCUGUACAAGAAAUCGUGCGAAAGCUUGCAAAAAAAUUCCAGCACCGACACCGAGUACUCGCUGCAGCCGUACCGGUUCAUCAAGCAAAGCUCGAACGAAACAAACAGUUCGUUCAAUAUUGACAACUCGUCGAUCACGAACGAUAUGUCGAUCGAUGGCGAAACGAGUCUCAACUCAACCGUCAUCGAAAUGGUUUCAGCACCGUCGAUUGCAGCGGCAGCCGCUGCGGCCGUCGCAGCAUCAGACGGUGAUCGUGGCGGUUUCCAAACCAAACGCACCUCAUCGCUCGGUAGCAGUUCGGCCGGAGUAGAAAUGCGACAGGGACUGUUGAAAGCUAGCAAAGACAGGGGUAGCAAGGACGGUAGUGCCAGUGGCUCAAUUCCGGAAGGUUUGGAGCGAGCUGUAGUUCCCGGUAGUUCCAUAGUUCCGUCCGGUUCGAUGGUGGUUCCGAGUAAACCACCCCGAUCGGCUCGUUUUACCGAUAGUUUGAGCGUGCUCGGUCCAAAGAGUGUACUGAGCCGUUUGAAGGAAAGUAGCUCCACCAGCACGGAGGAAGGACCGCAGCGAGAUACGAGUGCACCGAUACCGUGCAUCAGCACGAACUUGGUGCAGGACGAGAUAGCGAAGUUGUCGUCGAACAUCAAGAGCAGCACGGAUGAGGAUACCGAUCCGCCGUUCAAUGAAACUAUGUGCUGAUUUUAGUUGUACCCUCCGACAGGAGUAAGUGUUAGCAUAGGUGGGGAU